AUGCUGCUCUUCCUAAUCAUUCUGUUGCCAGUAGUUUUUAAAUGUAGUUUUGCUAGUCUCUCAGUCCUGGAACAAUGGAACUGUCCUGGAGGCUCUCCCCCAGGAAAGGGGAAUUCUACUUGUGUGGGUCCUGCACCCUUCUUAAUUUUCUCCCAUGGAAGCAGUAUCUUUAGGAUUGACCUGGAAGGAACUAAUCAUGAGCAACUGGUGGCAGAUGCUGGUGUAGCAGUGAUCAUGGAUUUUCAUUACAAUAAGGGAAGAAUUUAUUGGGUAGAUCUAGAAAGACAACUUUUGCAAAGAGUUUUUCUGAAUGGGACAAGGCAAGAGAGAGUAUGCAACAUAGAGAAAAAUGUUUCAGGAAUGGCAAUAAAUUGGAUAAAUGAAGAACUUAUUUGGUCAAAUCAACAGGAAGGAAUCAUUACAGUAACAGAUAUGAAAGGAAACAAUUCCCGAGUUCUCUUAAGUGCCUUAAACUAUCCUGCAAAUGUAGUAAUUGAUCCAGUAGAAAGGUUUAUAUUUUGGUCUUCAGAGGUGGCUGGCAGCCUUCACAGAGCAGAUCUCAAUGGUGUGGAAGAGAAGAUUCUGUUAGAGACGACAGAAAGAAUAACAGCUGUGUCAUUGGAUGUGCUUGAUAAACGGCUUUUUUGGAUUCAGUACAACAGAGAUGGAAGCAAUUCUUAUAUUUGUUCCUGUAAUUAUGAUGGAGGUUCUGUCCAUUUUAACAAACAUCUUACACAGCACAAUUUGUUUGCAAUGUCCCUUUUUGGUGAUCGGAUCUUCUAUUCAAUAUGGAAAAAGAAGACAAUUUGGAUAGCUAACAAACACACCGGGAAGGAUAUGGUUAGAAUUAACCUCGACCCAUCAUUUGUACCAACUGUUGGAAUCAAAGUACUGCAUCCACUCUUACAGCCCAAGGCAGAGAGUGAUGCUUGGGCAUGUGAUCAGAAACCCUGCAAAUGGAGGAAAGGUAACUGCAGAGGUAGCAUGUGUGGUCAAGACUCGAAGUCCCAUUUGUGCACAUGUGCGGAGGGAUAUACUUUAAGCCAAGAUGGAAAGUACUGUGAAGAUGUCAAUGAAUGUGCCUUUUGGAAUCAUGGAUGUACUCUCGGAUGUGAAAACAUCCCCGGUUCUUAUUAUUGCACAUGCCCUGUAGGAUUUAUUCUGCUUCCUGAUGGGAAACGGUGUCAUCAAUUAAUUUCCUGUCCAAGCAAUACAUCCAAAUGUAGCCAUGACUGUGUUCUGACAUCAGAUGGUCCCGUAUGUUUUUGUCCUGAAGGCUCAGUGCUUGAGACAGAUGGAAAAACAUGUAGUGGCUGUUCAUCACCUGAUAAUGGGGGCUGUAGCCAGCUCUGCCUCCCUCUCAGCCCAGGCUCCUGGGAAUGUGGUUGCUUUCCUGGGUAUGAUCUACAACUGGACAAAAAAAGCUGUGUGGCGUCAGGACCACAACCAUUUUUACUGUUCGCCAAUUCUCAAGAUAUUCGACACAUGCAUUUUGAUGGAACAGAUUAUAGAACCCUGCUCAGCCAGCAAAUGGGAAUGGUUUUUGCCCUUGAUCACGACCCUGUGGAAAAUAAGAUAUACUUCGCCCAUACAACCCUGAAGUGGAUAGAGAGAGCUAAUAGGGAUGGUUCCCAGCGAGAAAGGCUUAUUGAGGAAGCAGUAGAUAUGCCAGAAGGUCUUGCCAUCGAUUGGAUUGACCGUAAAUUCUACUGGACGGACAGAGGGAAAUCUCUCAUCGAAGGGAGUGAUUUAAAUGGAAAACAUCGUGAAAUAAUCAUUAAGGAGGACAUCUCUCAGCCACGAGGAAUUGCUGUCCACCCAAUGGCCAAGAGAUUAUUCUGGACUGAUAUGGGGAUUAAUCCACGAAUUGAAAGUUCUUCCCUUCAAGGCAUUGGCCGACUGGUUAUAGCUAGUUCUGAUCUGGUCUGGCCCAGUGGAAUAACGAUUGAUUACUUUACUGACAAAUUGUAUUGGUGUGAUGCCAAGCUGCCUGUGAUUGAAAUGGCCAAUCUGGAUGGUUCAAAACGCCAAAGACUUGCCCAGAACGAUGUAGGGCACCCAUUUGCUGUGGCUGUGUUUGAGGAUCAUGUGUGGUUCUCGGAUUGGACAAUGCCAUCGGUAAUAAGGGUGAACAAGAGGACUGGCAAAAAUCGGGUACGUCUCCGAGGCAGCAUGCUGAAGCCUUCAUCACUGGUUGUAGUUCAUCCAUUGGCAAAACCAGGAGCACAGCCCUGCUUACAUCAAAAUGGAGGCUGUGAACAUAUUUGCCAAGAAAGGUUUGGAACUGCUCAGUGUUUGUGUCGUGAAGGUUUUGUGAAAGCCCCAGAUGGGAAAACGUGUCUGGCUCUGAAUGGUCACCAGAUACCGGCAGGUAGUGAAGCAGAUCAAGUAAUGCCAUUGGAUGUCUUAUCCAGGAAUAGAGGAUUUGAAGAUAACAUUACAGAAUCUCAGCAUUUGCUAGUGGCUGAAAUCAUGGUAUCAGAUGCUGAUGACUGUGGUCCUGUGGGAUGCAGUACACGGGCUCAGUGUGUUUCAGAGGGAGAAAAUGCCACAUGUCAGUGUUUGAAAGGAUUUACUGGGGAUGGAAAACUAUGUUUUGAUAUGGAUGAAUGUGAGACGGGCAUCACAAUUUGCCCUCCCACCUCCAAGUGUGUCAAUACUGAAGGUGGCUAUGUCUGCCGGUGCUUGGAAGGCUACCGAGGUGAUGGAAUUCACUGUCUUGAUAUUAAUGAGUGCCGAUUGGGCAUACACACUUGUGGGGAGAAUGCCACCUGUACAAAUACGGAGGGAAACUACACCUGCAUGUGCGCCGGCAGCCUGUCUGAACCUGGGCGGAUAUGCACUGACUCUACGUCUCCUUCUCAUCUCAUGGAGGAUGGCCACCCUUCUGUGAGAAAUGGUUACCGGGAAUGCCCCUCAUCCUAUGACGGCUAUUGCCUCUAUAACGGUGUGUGUAUGUACAUCGAAGCAGUUGACAGAUAUGCAUGCAACUGUGUCUUUGGCUACGUGGGGGAGCGAUGUCAGCACCGAGACUUGAAAUGGGAACUGCGCCACGUUGGCCAGGGGAGGCAGCAGCAAGUCACCGUGGUGACCGUCGGCGUGGUGGGGCUCGUCCUGCUGCUGCUGCUGGGGCUGUGGGGGGCUCACUGCUGCAGGACUAAGAAGCUGCCAUCAAAAAAUUUAAAGAAUCCUGAUGAAGAGUCGAGCAGAGAAGUUUGCAGUAGCAGGUCUACAGACAGCGAGGCCGGGAUGGCCUCUUGUCCCCAGCCCUGGUUUGUGGUGCUAAAGGAACACCCAAAUCUCAGGAAUGGAAGUCAACCUGUGGCCCUCAAGGAUGGUGAGCCAGCAGAUGGCACACUGCAACGGCCGUCAUGGAGAAAUGAACCCCAGGUGUAUAUGGGCACAGAGCAAGGCUGCCGCACUCCACCACCCAGUGACAGAGGCUCUGGUCCCCAGGCAACGAAGCAGAGCUUUUCUCUCCCCUCCUGUGGGGCACAGCCCAUUGCUUUGGGGGUUGAGAAGCCACAUUCUCUCCUGUCAGCUAACCCUUAUUGCAGCAAAGGGCCCCAGAGCCACCACACCAAAAGCAGCUGACUCGGUGAAAACUGGAAUUAAAAGGAAGGUCAAAAAGGAUAAGCUGUACCAAUAGAUGGUAAUACUCCAUUUCAAAAAGUAGAGGGAAGAUACAGAUUUGGGUUCCACAGUCUCUGCAACUGAUCACCCAUUCAGGCUCCUGGAGACAAAUAGGGAGUCAUCCUUUUUCUUCCUUCAAGCAGUCCUGUUGCCGAUUUUCAAGUAUGAGUAACUGGGAGAAUCACUAGGUAACUCAUUAGAAAUCAAAGCACAGUAUUACUUCGUAAGCUGUGUUGUCUUCAAUAGUCAAUACAGAUAGGUACUUUUUUCUCUGCAGCUCCAGAAGA